AUGAAGUUCACCCUAGGCCUGGGGUCGCGGGCGUGGAGAGUGUCCUGGGAGCGGGCGGCGGCGGCGGCGGGCGGCGGCGCGCUCGGCAGCGGCUCACGGCGCUCUUCCAGCCCGCGGCCCGGCCGCCGCGGCUCUCGGCUCGCGCGCGCCCUCCCUCUAUGCCUCUCCCGCGGCGGCGGCGCCCCAGAUCUCCCGGACCGCGCCGGGCCCAGCCCCGGCCGCCUCGGCGCCAGGCAGCCGGCCGGCCCGCGCGCCAUGGAGCAGACGUACGGCGAGGUGAACCAGCUGGGCGGCGUGUUCGUCAACGGCCGCCCCCUGCCCAACGCCAUCCGCCUGCGCAUCGUGGAGCUGGCGCAGCUGGGCAUCCGACCCUGUGACAUCAGCCGGCAGCUUCGCGUAUCCCACGGCUGCGUGAGCAAGAUCCUGGCGCGCUACAACGAGACGGGCUCCAUCCUGCCCGGGGCCAUUGGGGGCAGCAAACCCCGCGUCACUACCCCCAACGUGGUCAAGCACAUCCGGGACUACAAGCAGGGCGACCCCGGCAUCUUUGCCUGGGAGAUCCGCGACCGGCUGCUGGCCGACGGCGUCUGCGACAAGUACAACGUGCCCUCUGUGAGUUCCAUCAGCCGUAUCCUGCGCAAUAAGAUUGGCAGCCUGGCGCAGCCCGGCCCGUACGAGGCGAGCAAGCAGCCGCCGCCGCAGCCGGCGCUGCCCUAUAACCACAUCUACCAGUAUCCCUACCCCAGCCCCGUGUCGCCCACGGGCGCCAAGAUGGGCAGCCACCACGGGGUCCCGGGCACAGCGGGCCACGUCAGCAUCCCCCGUUCAUGGCCCUCGGCUCACUCGGUCAGCAAUAUCCUGGGCAUCCGGACGUUUAUGGAGCAAACAGGGGCCCUGGGGGGGAGCGAAGGCGCCGCCUACUCCCCGAAGAUGGAAGACUGGGCCGGAGUGAACCGCACGGCCUUCCCCGCCAGCCCAGCCGUGAACGGGCUCGAGAAACCUGCCUUGGAGGCAGACAUUAAAUACACGCAGUCGGCCUCCGGCCUCCCCGCGGUGGGCGGCUUCCUCCCGGCCUGCGCCUACCCGGCCUCCAACCAGCACGGUGUGUACAGCUCGCCGGCCGGCGGCUACCUCGCCCCGGGCCCGCCGUGGCCGCCGGCGCAGGGGCCCCCGCUGGCGCCCCCCGGAGCCGGCGUCACCGUACACGGCGGGGAGCUUGCCGCAGCCGUGACCUUCAAGCAUCCCAGCCGAGAAGUGGCCGACCGGAAGCCGCCCAGCCCCGGCGGCAAGGCCCCCGACGGCCUCGGGAGCUUACACGGACUGCCCGUCCCGGCCUCGACCUCCUAG